CAAUAAAGCUCCGAACAAACCUAAAAGCAACCGGCAACCUGGCAAGCGAGCUACCGCUUGCCUCUAGAAGCAACACCCGCCAGGCCGCCCAGGCGUGCCUUCUAACCUUUCACACCUGCCUUCCAGGCUCCAGCAUAUUAGGUAUUUGCUACUACCUUACCCUUAGUCUCUCGAUCUCCUUUCUCCCGGCGGGCUUCCUGCCGCUCGACCGUCCGAGCCAUUCACUCAAGCCGUAGCCGUUCUACGCGAGUUCCCUAUCAUACGCGAUAACUCGUCGCGUGCUGUCUGGUCGGACGGCUAGCCUAUCUCUCCCUAUGCCACCUGCUUCUACGAUAUUACGCAUAACUUUUCCCUCGUCUGUCUUACCGGCACGCACGACGAUUGCUGCUAUUAGUACGAGCGUGAAGACCGCGUUGCUUGCCUAUCCAUCCCCGGCGAGUUUACCGGCGCGUUCUAGAACCUCUGGCGGUGGGUUAAAUCGAUGGAGCAACGUGACCAACAGGGCGCCCUGUUUCAAAUCCAGCGGUUCCGCGUCCGUCACCAUGCACACCUUGCCGGCCAAUACGUCGCCUUGCUGCUCGACGCCCUCCAAGAACGAACCCCUCCCGGCGUUGUCGAGGGUUGUGCUAUUAGCCUUCGCGAUAUCCUCCGCCACGGGUCUCGCGUUAAUAUUGCUCGUGUGCCUGUUACGAACGAGCGGGCUCUAGGCCUAUCCGAAACACUCUCUGCGGCCCCGGAUACCCCCGCUAUGAUUACCCAGGCUCGACUUGUGGCCGUCGGCCGCGGCGGUCCCUAACGCUCGCUCGCUUUUCGUGAUUGGAUCAUGGGCGACCCCGGCUCGGGUGAGGAGGAUGAGGAGGACUCGGCCACGGCCAGCGGCGCCUCUGGCGAGGAGGACGACGACAAUGAGUUGGAUGUCAAGGCUGUUCGACGGGCUGUGGAGCUGAUGCGUCGUGCGAGACA